UGUGGCUGUGAAGUCUACUCGGCCCUUAGUACUCCGGAGGCGCUGGCACGGUGGCUGUCAGACUUGCCCCAGAGCCAUGGCAAAGAAUGGACUUGUAAUUUACAUCCUGGUUAUCACCUUGCUCCUGGACCAGACCAGCUGCCAUGCAUCCAAGUUCAAAGCCAGGAAGCACAGCAAACGCCGAGUGAAAGAAAAGGAUGGAGACUUGAAGAUUCAAGUGGAAAAGCUCUGGAGAGAAGUCAAUGCCUUGAAGGAAAUGCAAGCCCUGCAGACAGUCUGUCUCCGAGGCACAAAAUUUCACAAGAAGUGCUACCUUGCCGCGGAAGGCUUGAAGCACUUCCACGAAGCCAAUGAAGACUGUAUUUCCAAGGGCGGGACCCUGGUUGUCCCCAGAAGCACCGAUGAAAUCAACGCCCUCCGAGACUAUGGUAAAAGGAGCCUGCCGGGGGUCAAUGACUUUUGGCUGGGCAUCAACGACAUGGUCACAGAAGGCAAGUUUGUCGACGUCAAUGGGCUUGCCAUCUCCUUCCUCAACUGGGACCAGGCACAGCCUAACGGUGGCAAGCGGGAAAAUUGUGCCCUCUUCUCGCAGUCAGCUCAGGGCAAGUGGAGUGACGAGGCCUGUCGUAGCAGCAAGAGGUACAUAUGUGAGUUCACCAUCCCUCAAUAGACCCUUCUCAGGUGCAUCUGCCCAGAAGGAUCGGUCAUGUUUUAUAGGCUGAUGGUUCUCAAGAAUGAGUCAAAAUUGUCAUAGGGGAGGCUAUGUCCCUAGGAAUACGAGAGACAGCCAAGUUUGCUAGCAAACUGUAUUGUGAUUUUUGCCCUCCACGGGGAAUGGGGGAUCGGAAAAUAACCAUUCCGUCACGUACACACUGCUCAAGUAGCUUCUGCAAAAUCGGCUAUUAGACCUUUCUCAUUCCUGGUCCCUCUUCUUGUACAGACCAGGUGUGUAUUGAAAAGACAAUAGUCAGAAAAGCAAGCUGUAGGCUACCUGGAAGAUUUUCUGUUGAAGGUUUCAUAUGUAUUUGAGUCAUGAGGUGCUACAUAAUCCCAAACCUUUUCCGUCUGAUGCGCAGUCUGCUCCCUCCUCAUGAUAGCAUCCUAUUAGCCCAUCGCCCUUUCUUUGAGUUGCAGCAUCCCCUGGUGGGACAUGUAACUGCUCCGUCACGUAGAUACAUGGAAGUCCUAUAUAGGUUCUGGUUUAACUCUGUUUUCUUCAAACCCACCCCACUCCUGCCCCUGCCCCCAGUGAUAAACACAUCUUUUUUUUCUUUUAAGUUCCCAGUAAAGAUCUGAAAGGAAAUGUUAAGGCAGCAUAUUUGGUCAAUUUCCACCCCAGUAUUACAUUACAGUUUCCAACUUGAAUAGGUAAACCUAAAGCAGAACAGAGUAGCAGACUGUACAGAAAAAGAAAUUUUUCAAGGGCUCCUUCUUCCCCUGCUUUAGUGUACCCUCUUUUAUGAAAUCAACAGUGGAUAUUAUACAUCUUUGUUUCCUUUUUUAAAAAACAUAUUUUACACACAUAUAUAUUUUAACAAUCAUAUAUUUAAGUCUAUUGGAGAAAAAUCUAUAUUUAGAUCGAAAGUUGGAAGUUGGAUUUAAAUUAUAUUAUUUGAGUUACAUGUAUAUCUAUACUAUUUUUUUUUUUAUUCUGCCAAGUGCUGCUCCCACUAAAUUGUUUAGAUUGUGUAAUGUAAUGUCAUUGCUUAAUACGAAAUUAUGAAGUUAAGGCUUGGGGGAAAUGGGUUUUUUAGAAGCAAACAAUUCUAGGUAUAGUCUGUUCUUCAAAUAAACAUCUUUUCUUCCCCUUUAAAUGUUGAAUAUGUUUUGGGAACAAAAUUCUUCUUUAUAAGCUUAAUUAUGUAUGCUUGGAAUUAAGCUUUAGUUCUUCACACUGCACAACAAUAAUAAAGCCUGA